GUUCUGUCUUCGCAAGAUCAUUGAGAGAAAAGCUUCUUGUGUCUGUGAGUGACUCAAGUCUGGCUAGAGUGUGUCUGCUCCUCUUGUUCAACAGAGCUUGUCUUACAGUGCCUCGAAGCAGGUAAUUGAGAGCAAGUUAGUAAACAACUGAGUGCUGCCAUGACUGGGGGAGAGUCGUGUGAGUACUUAGUUAGUGGUAGGCAGGUAGGCACUCCCACUCUUUCGUCCUUCUAUUGUUAUGAUUUGGAAGAGAUGACGAGUCUGCUCCGUCCGUAGUCUGUCUAGUUACAACAGUCGUUCUGGACAUCGGAGUCAAAGAGGAAAGAGACAUCGUGAUGAGCGUAAGCAUAGUAUGGCGAAUAGAUACACGACGAUGAGCGUAAACACUUGUGAACGAUCUCAAUACUGCCAUUCUUCUCUGUCGCAGCGCGAUGUGCUUCUUUUGAUCCCAGUCACCCACGAGAUACUAGGUAAGUACCCACUUCAAGAAAACGAAUGCAGCUUGCUCUUGUUCCCGUUCAUCAUUUCAUUUUUGAUUUUGGUCGGAAGCUUUCCCCUUCUUCAUCUGGUAUGCCCAUUCUACUCCGGGUUUACUUUGAUGUCAAGGUCAUUUCACUGCUGUGAGCCUCAGUUUGAAGAAAUAUAGAAUUAUAUACAUAGAUAUUAGAAUUGGUGGAGUGUAGUCUUACAAUUUUGCACUUUUUCAACCAAGAAGCGGUUGGCGCAUCCCCGCGGCCGAUCGCAGGGGUCAUUCGGAUGAGUACUACAACAAGAUAGUGUAACUACUACCUAGUCCAAUAUGUAGGAGGUGAAUGAUUUUUGGUCUUAUUAUUCAAUUGUAAAUUUGUUCUUUGAAGAUAUUGGGUUUAGUUCAGCUGUAGUAGCUAGUGUCUUUGUUUACCAGGCAACAUGAGAGGAUCUUCUUCCUCGCGAAUCAUGGCGCGCAGGGGAGGCUGGAGUGUAUCCGGAACUACGAGCACGGUAGUCGGAUUGUUCUUGAUGUCUUCGGCGCGUCCAGGCGUGGGCGGGUCAUUGUUUGUGGCGGCGUGCAGCGUGGGACAGGUGGUCUACAGUAUGCACCAGAUGUCAGGGGUGGAGCAGGAAGCAACGAUUGCCCGCCACAGCAGUGCGUUGGGCGGCGGCGCGUGGCUGACGUGGAGGAACUCACCCGAGGAGUGCCCGCCUGAUCGCUACGACCCUUUGUGCGAGCUGUGCCGCUCAGACUGCUUCCGCAAAUAUUCCGUGCUUCGGCCAACCUACGCGCCCGAGGUGACGUGUCAGGCGGAGCUUGCAGCCACUUCCGCAGACGCCAGCGCGGACCGCGUCGUGCCGUUCUGGAUCCCGCUGCUGGGAGCCUCCUUGGGACUUUUCCUGCUCUGUGCGGUAGUUGUGACUUUCCUAGGAAAGCGCAACGCGCUCAUCGUCGUGAUCGACAUGCUCCCCUGUUUCUUUCCCCGCACGUGGCAUGACUGGGCGGAUCUGCACCGGGAAGUCGGCUUUUCCCCUCUCAAUCUGCUGGCGGUGCUCCCGCUCCCGCAGCGUGCGAAGCGCGCGCUGCUCCAGAAGGUGCAAGCGGACCUCGCCCGAGACCGAGCGGCAGCCGCGCGCGACAUCACGCUAGGCUCUGGCACUUCUUGCGAAAAGAACAUUGGUCUUCCGAGUCAUGGCGACAUUCAUGGACAUCACGAUCAAGAAGUGGAGCAUCAUCAUCAUCAUCCUGCUCAUCAAAAAAGCACUCUUGAUAAAACAAAAGCUGCGCCAAAAGGUGAAAAUAUUAUCGAAGGAGCGCCGCAGCCCCGACAUGAAGAAGAGAGACGCAAGAGCGGCAUGGAGAUCGCGCUGGAACAGUGCCGAAAAACGCUAGACCACGCGCGGGAAAAGCGCUACCGCACGAAAGUCGCGGUUAGCCGAUUGCAGGGGGACCUCACUCAGUCAUUUCGGGAUCGUAUCAGCGAUCCACGUAUUUUCGGCCGGCGCUCUCUUCCGAAUGGCAGCCCGACUUCCUCGAACACUUAUGCCCCAGCCGUUUUAGUUUUUUCACAGAGUAGAACGGAUUAUCAUCGUGAAGAUUAGUAUCACUACCAACAUUUAUUCAAUUUGUUUUCUUCCUAUGAGUAUAAUCAAUAUGAUCAUCAUAGUAGAUAUUUAAUAUAAGUGGAUCGAUAGUAUGUAGAAGAAUAGAGAAGUGAAGAGUAGUUGUGCGACAUGAUCAAUAUGAUAGUCAAGAGCAGGAUGCCGUAGCCGAGUGCUUCUACUAAGCGCUCGAACGUCUGUUCCCUCAAGAUCAGAUCAUCAUGUCAUCUACAUCUUCUAAGUAUGCACUCCUGCGAGACCGCGCGCAUCGAUUUCGUUGAGCAAGUUUCUUGAGCUGGAGCCGCCGCCGCGUCGCUUUUUCAUGAGUGGAAAAACGAAGUCCAAGGCCAAGCUGACGACGCAAACUGGAGAAAUAGUGUGAACUGUGAUGACCAUGACUGCCCAAAUAAUCAUAAUACGUGUAUAAAAUAUAUUGGGAUCAUCUUCAUGUCAUCUUCUGCUAGAAGUACUUAUGUAGAUCGUCAGAAUAAAUACUGAAAGUGCUCACAUAUUGAAGAAGCUACUGCUACACCAGCUACAGCUACAACAGCUACUGGAACUCUUUCUUCCGUGGUUCGCAAUUGCGCUUGCUUAUCCCAAAGAAAUCGAUUUUCUUAGGUAAUAAAUGUAUAAUAUGGUUGUAUCGUUCUUUUUCUAGCAUAAAUUACCAUAUGUUUAUUUCUUGUAGACCCAGGAGGUACCAAUAAGGCCAGGGUGGAGCACAGGAAUGAAAUGUUAAUUUCCGGCUCACACUCACUACUAGCAUGCCCCUCAUCAUCUAGAAUUCAAAUUUGUCCUUUUUGCACAACGGAGCUGGAAGUAGAGAUAAUGCAACUCGACGAUCAAGAUCAAAAACAUAUGUUGAAUGACGAUGAC